AUCUUUGAUUUUAUUUUUCAUCACUUUCAAAAUGAAGAUUCUGGGUGCAGGGUCCCUUCAUCUUAUCUAUGCACUCCUGGUUUUACUACAUAUGCAAACUUCAAUUGGAUCCAAUUCAACAACAACUGAUGAUGGAGUUAAGUGCAUAAAGAGCGAAAGACAAGCUCUCCUCGCAUUUAAGCAAGGUCUGGUUGAUGAACAUGGGAGGCUUUCCUCAUGGGGCAGUGAAGAAGAGAAAAAGAAUUGCUGUGAAUGGGAAGGAGUUCAAUGUGGCAACACAACUGGGCACAUCACUAUGCUUGAUUUAGCCACAAAUUCAUAUGACCGUCAUUUUAUCUUAAGAGGUAACCUUAGUCCUUCUCUAUUUGAGUUGCAGUAUUUAAUUUAUUUAGACCUCAGUGAGAAUAAUUUCAAGUUAAGCCACAUUCCAGAGUCUAUUGGUUCACUCAACAAAAUACAACAUCUUGAUCUCUAUUAUUGUAAUCUAAGUGGAUCUCUUCCUACUCAGCUUGCAAACCUCACAAGUCUGCAAUAUCUUAAUCUUGGCUAUAACAACUUCAACAGUGUCAAAAAUCUUGAGCGGCUCUCUCGUCUUUCUUACUUGCAAUACCUUUAUCUGAAUGAUAUCGACCUUAGUAAGGUCAACAACGUCUGGCUGCGAUACUUCUCUUGUUCACCUUGGUCUAAUGGGCAACAAUUUGACUGCUUCUACAUUCCAAUGGUUGUUCAACUUUAGCAACAGCCUUGUUAGUCUCGACUUGAGUUCUAAUCAAUUUCGAGGUCCAAUUCCAGAAACUUUUAGUCGUAUGACUCUCCUAGAAGAGCUAUUUUUCUCGAAUAAUCAAUUGGAAGGGGGGAUUCCAAAAUCCUUUGGGAACUUGUGCAAAUUAAGUGAAUGCUGCCAGAUUGCAAAGAAAGUUGAAGUUUUAAGAGCCAAAGUCACUCCUUGCCUCUGAGCCUGGAAAAGCUGGUAUGGUUAAGUUCGUUUAUGCUAUCUUCUUGUUCAAGUGCAUUGCUUCGGUUUGAAUAUGUUUCUUCACACUUCAAGGACUCAACUUCUCCAUUCUGUCUUGCUGGUGUUAAGUAAUAACAAACAACAAAUCAAACCUGAGUAGGUUAUUUCUUUCUUUCUGUGUAAUAAAUCAAUGUAUGUUUGUCUGGGUGGUUUGCAUCUUCUAUUGUAAGGAGCUAACUGCAGCUUCUUGCUAUGAAAUUGAGAUAGGAUUACUAUCUGAAUUCUAUUGGAUUAAAUUCAAUUUUCUUUU